UGAGAGAAGUAGAAGGAGCUGAGAGUCAGAAGUGGGGAAGAGUGGACAAACAUCGGAUUGGCAAGCCAACUCCUGCUCUGCCCUGAUGAAUCUCUUCUGGGUUCUCUGUAAGUUAGGGAAACUGGGAAGGGAAUUCAUGCAUAUGUACAAUCUCUUGAAAGAUGUGGCGAAAGGAAACUCCAUAAUUCCCAUCAGAGUUUUCCUAGGAGUGUGUGUUUGUGAAAAUUAAUGGACUUAGCUGAGAUGACGAAAUUGACAUGUUUUAUCAGAGAAAAGUCAUUAUUAACAUUUACUAAAGAUUGGAAACCUCCCACAGACUUUUUGCGUGGAAAAUAAAAUAAAAUAAUGACAUUUCGAUUUGAGGACUGAAGAAAAUGGUUUAUAGAAGAUGGAAUUAUUAGGUGUUACACUGGAGUGGAUGAAGUGAGUGAUGUUUAUAUGUAGCGGUCAGAUGAAGAAUCAGAAGUUCUUUAGCUUCCUAACUUUUCUCUCUUUUUCUCUUUUAAUUCAUUUCUCAUUUCCUUUUCUUUAUCACUUUCUCGGUCUUCUUUCCCCCCUCUGGAUUAAUGUUUUAGUUUGGAUUUUAGAAAUAGAUAUUGGACAAUAAUCUUUGUUAUUCUGUUUAUAAACUCUAAGAAAAUUGAUUUUUUUAAAAAAAGUUAAUGGACAAAUAGCAAGAUUCUAGAAAAGGCGCAUAAGUAAUGAGAGUUAUGUACAAAUGGACUCCAUACUACUAGUGAACAGAGAAACUAGGGAGAAAAUUCCAUGUAAUUACUUGAAAUGGAGGAGAAAUUCUCCAGCAUUCCAGAAAUAGCACAGCUUUUCAUUUCCCUUUCCCUUUUCUAUGAUUCUGUGAAGUUAACGGCAGUGGGAAUGAGCUGGCAGCCAGGCUCCCAUUCUGCAUCCUCUCGCAUUGCCCAAAACCAAUGUCUUUCUAAGGCUAUCUGGCGGGUGGGAACAGAAACAGCAUAGAAAAUUGUUGAAAAUACUAGAAGCAAAUGCUUCAAGAUGGCCUUUUACUAUAACAGUGAGAAAAGGAAUACUCAUUAAAAAAAUAUUUUUGAAAUGUUCUCAGAAAAAUACCUUGUAGGAAUUUUUUGCUUGACUCUAAAAAUAAAAAUGGGGAGAGGCAACUCUAAUAGAGACAACUGUAUGUACUCAUACUUAGGGUUGCCAUACGUCCGGGAAAUUCCGGAGCGUGUGCCUCAACAACUUUGUCUGGGUUUUUCGUUUUGGGAAUGUGGCAAGCUGUAUGACGAUAGAUUAUGUGAAGUUUCCAUUAUAGAUCAUAAGUCCUACGCAGAAGGUGAUGGCAUAAAGCAUACUGGGACAAGUUAAGCUGGGUUGAAGCCAGAUCCAACCCAUUUUCAACAGAAGGGCUGCUGCUCUAAGUGAGGCAGGGGAAAAACAAGUCUAAAAAUAUUGUUCUAUGUGAGGUUGCCAGGACUCAAGACUGAUUUGAAUGAGCUCAGGUUCCAGUCUAAGUCACCUGCUCCUUGCCACAUCCCUGCAACAGCCUUCUGGGGGACUUACAGUGUCGUCAGUUUAACUAGCUGAGCUGUGAUGAGCAUAUCUUUGUCUGAGCUGCAUGGUGAGCCCAGCUGAGGGAGAGAUCUGUUGCAUCCUGAGGACUGCAGAAAACCCAAGCUGUUUACAACAGACAUUUUAAAAAAUAAACCAAAAUUAGGUCUUCCUCUUUAACUUGUGGAGGACAUUUCAUGAAAACAUCUAACAACUUCUUCUUCUUCUUCUUCUUCUUCUUCUUCUUCUUCUUCUUCUUCUUCUUCUUCUUCUUCCAGUACUAUCCACAAGAGAAUCAAGGAUUUCAGUUAAAAAUGACUUGGUUAUAAAACAUAAUGUAAAUGCACACAUUAAAGAAGUGUUGGGAGAAGGAACAGUGUGAAACACAUGGGGGAAAGGGCAAUUUUAUUGGUUCCUCCUCAGCUCUGCAUUCGCACAUGCUGGUUUAAUCUCUUUAAAACCCCAUGCACCCUUUUGCACCCAGAAAAAAAAACCUGCAGCAGAAUUGGAGGUGCUCUGGCAUAUAGGAAACUUGGCAAUUAUAUGCCAUUACAUUGACUCUCAUUUAUAUGUGUAUUACUUGCACAUGUGGAAACUUCCAGGGAUUGCUAGAAAACACUAAAGCCACUCAAAAGAGCCUGCAGCCAAAAUAGCAGGAGAAUUAUUGAAUUAUUGAAAUACUGCUCUGCCCUUGUGUUUACUUGUUAAAACAUAUUAUAAACAUAUUGCAUGGAUGUUAUUGCAGAUGCCCUUCUUGCAAAUCACUGGUGUUUGGGUGAUGACAAAGAUUCAGAGCUUUGCACUUCUGCAGGUGAGUUUGAGACUGUGCAAGACUGUGUGCGCUAGUGUGUGCCGGAUUGCAGAGUAUGGUGUGUGUGUUCCUCUACUAGAACCAAAUGUUUAAUGCUAAAUGUUCAUUAUCAAAGAAGUUCGGGGCUGUUUCAUUUCAUCAUCAAGCUUUUAGAAAAUACGAGAUGUACUAGAAGCUGCCACCCACACUUUCUCAGCUCACCAAUCCCAGCAGCCCUCCAUCCCCUACACCUGGCUAACCCCUCCUCCAUUUACCACUCACUCACCCCCUUGCCUAUCCCCUCAUAUCUUGCCCAAACCUCCCCCACCCUUUAGGCUUGACUGAACCCUCCUUCCCUCACAUUCUGACCACUUACUAAAGCUGUUCUGACCUUCUUUUACAUCCUGCACUGCCUGCUUUUAAAUGAGGCCAGGAGGGGCUUUAGAGAGCAAAACCACUCUCUGAAGUGCCUCCAAUCCUCCUUUAAGCAGCUCAUAUGGGCUGGAGCUAGAGAGUUGCUGUAUCCUAAAAUACUCAGCCUAUUGGAAAUGUGACAUAGGAUUGCCUCAUAAGAUCUUUUUGCUUACCCAUAGCUGUCAACCUUCCCCUUUUUUUGUGGGAAAUUCCCUUAUUCCAGCGCCAUUUCCCGCUGCUUCCUGCUGCUAUCCCUGAUUGUUAUAUAUCCCGUAGACUGUCCCGAGGACAGGUGAAGCUGCUGAUCCCUUAUUUUCAAACCUGAAAGUUGAUAGCUAUGUGCUUACCUAACUAUUAAUCUUCUAUACAUUUUAGAAGAUUGAGAGCUUACAAUCCCAAAUUUCUAAAUAAAAAUUGAGGUGGUAUUAAAAUGCUUUAAAUAAAUAAAACAGAGUAGAACACUUGCAUGCCACUUACCCCAAAACAGAAAAAUUAAAAGCAGUAUACAACAAAUAAUUAUGAGAAAACUGUGCUAAAACACUAUACAGUAAGACAAAAAUAAUGGCGAUAAAGCAAUCUAAUUCCACAUGAUUGCUGAAAUGUUCACCCUCCAUUGCAACUGCAUUUUCACUAAUUCUCUGCAUUCAUUUAUGCUAUUUCUUUAUUUCUUCCCUCCGUUUGUUCAUUCUCUAGGUGAACUUCCUGCUCCUGAUUUAUUCUUGAACAAAACUUUGGUUUCUGAAGGGGAAACUAUCACAGCACUAUGUGCGGCUCCAGCAGAGGUUUUUCUGACCGGAUUUUUUUUCUGUAAAGAUGGGGCUCCUGUUUCAUCCAAGAAAGCAGCAUCUCAAUAUGUUCAAUACAUAGUCUAUGCAUCGCCGAAGAAUGCUGGCCAAUAUUCCUGUGGUUACCAGCAAAAGGAUGCAAAGAACCAAGUGAAGAUAUCUGCCCUCAGUGUUGCUCAGAAUCUGAUUGUCCAGCCACGUAAGAUUGUAUGGGAUAGUCACGUUUAGAGUUCCAACUAGCCAGUCAUGCCAUAUUUCAGCACAGUCCAUUUAAUUCCCCACCCAUUUGGUUUCUAUUCCUCUAUGACAAGAGUUAAUCACAGCCACAGAGCAUGUUCAGACUUCCCUGGAGCACAUUCAUAUAUUUAUCUAAAUGAAAAUAGGUGCUAUUUUGCACCUAUGCAACCAAUGUUGGAGGAUCUGGCCAAUAGCAUGGAGAUGACAACACUUCUCCAGGAACAUUGUUUAAUAGCGUAUUAAAAAUAGGUAUUUUUAUUGAGGGACACGGGUGGCGCUGUGGGUAAAACCUCAGCGCCUAGGACUUGCCGAUCGCAUGGUCGGCAGUUCGAUACCCCGUGGCGGGGUGCGCUCACGUCGUUCGGUCCCAGCGCCUGCCAACCUAGCAGUUCGAAAGCACCCUUAAGUGCAAGUAGAUAAAUAGGGACCGCUUACCAGCGGGAAGGUAAACGGCAUUCCGUGUGCUGCACUGGCUCACCAGAUGCAGCUUGUGACGCUGGCCACGUGACCCGGAAGUGUCUGCAGACAGCGCUGGCUCCCGGCCUAUACAGUGAGAUGAGCGCACAACCCUAGAGUCUGGCAAGACUGGCCCGUACAGGCAGGGGUACCUUUACCUUUACCUUUAAAAAUAGGUAUUGCUUUUAGGCAGCUUAUAAAAAAAAAUCAUUAUUUAAGUGUCUAGCCUCUAGGAAUGGGGCUUAGGUCAACCUAAGUCCACCCUGUUUCAUUUCUUUUGGCACAUCAUGUUUUUCUAAAGGUUACAUGUGUUCUUCCAUCCAGCUCAUUUAUACUUUGAGUAGGGCCAAUGAAAUGAAUGGUUCUUUGUCAUAACCAUUGAUUUUUACAGUGGUGCCUCGCAAGACGAAAUUAAUUCGUUCUGCGAGUUUUGUCAUCUUGCGAUUUUUUUCGUCUUGCGAAGCACGGUGUCGGGAAAGUUUUGGAAAAGCUUCAAAAACCACCAAAGUCUUUAAAAACCUCAAAAAAGGCUACCACAUGAGUUGCUCCUCGAAGUCAAGUCGCAACUGUAUUAAUGGUGUUAAGAAAAAGGAAACAAACUUGCAAGACGUUUCCGUCUUGCGAAGCAAGCCCAUAGGGAAAAUCGUCUUGCGAAGCAGCUCAAAAAACAAAAAACCCUUUCGUCUAGCGAGUUUUUUGUCUUGCGAGGCAUUCGUCUUGCGACUUACCACUGUAGUUCAAAUCAAACCGAUUGUGCAUUCCUCAAAAUAUGCAUUUUCUCAUUGCUUUUCAAUGCAUUUCCAAAUAAAAUACACAGGUUAUAUUAAAAUACGUAUUUCUGUGGGCGCCUUUUGUGGCAAAACCACAUUACAAAAUCCAGAGAAGUGUGUGAUCUAAUCAGGAGUUGUGUUCUGAUGCACAGUUCAGUUAGGCACCACUGCCUUGAUAGAGUACAAUUAUGAGAGCCUUGUUGUUCCUGAUGGGAUGAUGAGCCAUGAUUUUCUGAUAUUGUCCAUGUUUUUACCCACCCAGGUUAUUAUGAUUCCAAUGGUAAGUAAGCAGCAUUGGUGAGUAAAAAUAUUGAUUUAUCUUACUGUUUUAGUAUACCAUUUUAAAUCUUGACACAAGAACAAAACAAUGCAAUUCAUAAUCAAACACAAUCACAAAAAGAAAACAUUUUUUCUCAUUUCCCAUCAGAGAUCAUUAAUACCCUAAUGCCACAUUUAUAGAAUCUUUUUGCCACUGUGGAAAGUUUGAUAGCACUCUUGAUGUCAGUGUCUGAAUUUUUCUCCUUUUUUGACAAAUGCAAAUGAUUGCCAUCAAGCAAGAGCCAGUUGGCUACAGAGAGUCAGGGAAAUGCAUCACUCCUUACUGGUUUUCUUGCUAUUUGUUCAAGCUUUUCGCCAUAUCACUUUAUGCCCCAUUCCAGCCAUUUUGCUUUGAGAGCUUCCUGCCUGCCUAUCCUCGGGUGAGAGCCUUCACUGAGCUAUUUUGGGUUGUUGGUAGACAGGACCGGAAAGGAAUUUUAUCUCUUAGCCUGAUUGGCAUUUGAUUGGAGUUGGGGGGUUUUCCACCUUUACCUCAGUGAAAUUAUGACUUUCCUUUGUUAGGCGGAAGAACAUUGUUUGUAUGAGGGCGGAAAUGGCAUUGGUCAGGAUCAACAUAGCAAAGGGGGGCCCAUAAGGGGCUUGAGGGAAGGAUUGACCAUGGCAAACUCAAGCGUGAGUUUGGUAUCUGCCUGGUUGAAAAAUGCAGCCUGGUGCCCCGGUGAGACCUUGCAUCCUUGGCUUGCACCAUGGCAAGGUUUAACUCUGGUUGACUCCUAUCGUACAGGUCUGGAGUGAUCCAAAGGCACCAGAUACAUUCCUUCAACAUGGGGCUUAUGGAAUGAUUAUCUGAUCCUGGGACCCAAUGCCAUGCCAACCCUUGCCCUGCCUGCUGCUGUCAACAAAGAUUUGACCUAAUUUUAUCCCAUCACCGUUGAGCAAUCUGGUUAUUUUGCUGCUCACAUGGGUCACAUAGUGCACCUGCCUGGGGAAAAAAUGAUUAAAAGAAACCAGCCACAAAUAGAUCAUUCACACCCACUGUAAAAUUAACUUUCAUCAAUAAUGAGAGUUUUAAACCUCAGAUAAAAUAUAUAUUAUAUAGAAGGUAUUCAAUAGUUCAAUUAUGACUGGAGAUUAUGUAAAUGAUAAGGUCUGCCUUUUCAACUUGCUGUAGACAUUUCAAGCAAACACCAAAUUCUUCAACAUUUUCCUCUUUUGUUCUCCCCUUCUCUAAAACACCCUCAGAGGGUGGAUAGGAUGGAAAGAACUAUACAGGAAAGAACUAUAGUUGAAAACUGAGAGGAUUGUUCUUCUUUUAUUAUAUGUUGCAAACUGCUACAGGGAUUUCUUUUUCUUCUCUGUCAUUCAUUGUAAAGGCCUUUGGCGAUAUACAAUAAAAACUGAUUGAUUGAUACUAUUUGAGAGAAUCAAUAGGAGUAUAUAAUCAGAGUAGGAAAAGUGUUAUGAUAAACGUGUACAUUUGUCCCACAAGUAUGAAACCAUAGAGAACUUGUUAAUGUAUACCUGCUGAUUAAUCUACCUGUCUCUGGUCAUAUCUGAAUAGAAACCCAAACCUUUCUGAUCUUUUUCUAGUCGAUCCAGGUCAGACAAUACCUACCUAUAUUUGGAUUCUCCGCUCCUCAUUGGUGCUUCUUCUCCUGGUCUCAGCUCCAAUCAUCACCUAUUUCAUGGAGAAGUGUAAUUGCUCCUUGUUCGGACCUAGAAACUAGGAAAUCCCAUUGGAAGAAAGAAAAAUGCCUCCAGACUCUUCUUUUUCUAUCCUCCACACCUCAUCCAUCUAUAAACUUACAAUAAUGUUUCCAGUAUUUUACUAAGCUGGUUUUGAGCUUUACGUUCCAAUAAAUGGCUUGGGUUCAUGACAUCUGCUAGGCUUCCCAGAAGUUUUUAUAGCAAUACAGCAAAGGUGACUGCAUAGUAUUAAUGGACAUCUUCAAGGGAUAGCAUUUUGUCUACUAGGAUUUAUAUUAUUUGCUGCUUAUUUUAACAUACCUAUGUUUUAAAAUAUUAUUUGUAUUUCUGCCAAAUAAAUUGUUGAGCUAUUGU